AUGAAACCUCAGGAGAAGGAUGAAGGGUUCUCAGGGCUCGGGGGAGCUGGAGGACCCAGUGGAGUCGCACAGAACAUCAAGGGACCCCCGAAAAAGAAAAAGGACUCCAAGGCAGCUUCCUUAGCACCGCUGAGAAAAACGCCGAUGUCCAAGAAGAAGGAGACCGCUUCGGCAGUCAGGGAACUCAAGGAGCUUAAGCUAAAGGAGCUCAAGAAGAAGAAGGACGGAGCUUCCUUCAGCCCAUCGCCUCAACAAUCCAAGUCAUCAAAGGACAAGCAAAAGAAAUUUGCUGGUUCGGCUCUAGGCGGAGCUCCGUCUGAGAAAAAGACUAGGAAAUCAGUCGGUAGCGAUGUCAAGAAAAAGAAGCCGGUCACCAACGGGACCGCGAAGGACGACAAAAAACGUAGAGAUGAUCCUGCAAAAGACGGAAAUGUUGUCGGGAGCGCCGUCGCCGCCAACGGAUGGGGCUUCGGAACUGAAGUUCUCACUUGUCUGCCUCGACGAGUUGCCAGCCUGAACGCAAUGGCCAAAGUGCACAUAAUGUACGAAAAUGAAACAAAUCGAUCCACGCAGCACGCGACCUCAUCCAGUUCCAAUACGAACAAUUCCGUCGCGGCAACUUCCAAUGCUACGAGUAAUAGUUGUCCGACUCUGUUGAACAUGGUCAGCAAUGGAAUCGUCAACGGAGAGACUUCUCAUCUCGGUAGCUCGACAGCGGAAGUGUCGAACGAAGUUGUUGCUCCCCCGGCGUCCACAGGUUCCUCGCAACCGACCACCGAAGUAGACACUGACUCCGACGUCACCAUCGAGGCGGUAUCAACAACAAACAACGGCCAUUCGAGUCCCAGAGUGGACCGGAAGAUGAUGACAGUCGCGAUUCCCGGUCGGUGUCGGCGGAUGGCAUCUCUCAACGCCCAGGCGAUUCUCGCGGCAAGUUUGUGUCACGACGAGAAACGUCCCAAGAAAAAAGAGCCACCUGUUGUCCCUCCGACGACCCCCGCAACAGCGGGCUCGGAGCCGAGUACAAGUGGUACCAGCCCGAGCUCAGCGGGAGUUUCAGCUGGUAGUGUGAUCAAGAUCGAAGACAUCGAAGAAGAGGAGAAGAACUCUACGGUGGAAGAGGAAGAGAUUGUUCAAAUUGUCCAAACGACGAAGAUCCGACGGAGGAAAAUGAGAACGUCCAAGACCUCCAGCAGUCCACCAAAAGCCCUCAGACCAAAGCUUCCCAAGAAAGGCGAACUGGAAGAAAUCGCGAACAAGGAGACCAACAACACCGUGGAAACCAAAGUAUCCCAAUUAGCAUCGACGAGCGUUACGGAGGCUCAGGUCACCAGGACUUUUUCCUACUCUACCACCAGUACUGUUUCCAGCAGUAUGCUCGGAGUUGGUCAACCCGGCACCAGCGGCGGCAACAAUCUCACCCUGUUGACGAGACCCCCAUUGGUGUUGAAUCCCCCGCAGCAAGUUCCUCUGCAGAAUCAAGCUGCCACCUUCAGUCUGGCAUCCUCGACGGCCGUCAACGCGCAGAAUCCACAAGGGGUUCGAGCACAGCUACAGAGUAAUACGGUUUACCUGAAUGCGAACAUGAAUGUCAAUCCCGGUGGUUAUCUCGUGGCGGCUCCACACAUAGCUGUGCAACAAUCGGUUCAGCCGACUGCAUCUUUCGGACUGACUCCUACCUACUAUCAGGUUCCUCUAAUUCACAAACCGAUCGCCUUUCAUCCGAACGGUCCUUUCGUUGGAGUUCAGGGAUCGGCGAACGCUGUUCCCGUACUGACGCCGCGAGUUCCUGCAAGGAACCUCGUCGUGCAUUUGCCUGAGUCGAGGCAAGAAAACGGAACCGGAGACACGUAUCCGAACCGGCCAGGACCGAGUGGUGUCCAAGCACAAACCCAGCAGCAGCAGCAGCAGCCACCUCAACUCCAACGAAACACUCCCCCUGUUGAGGUGGUGGUACCGAUGGUCGUGAAAAACCAAAGCCGGUCGAACGGCGUCGCGGGCGGCGCCGCCGCCGGUAGAAUCACCGUCGUGACAAUCCAGGAUUCGUCAGGGUCGAGUUCGAAGGCGUCAGGAGACUCGAUGGCAUGUUCUCAGACGGCUGUCGGAGCUGCUGCAGCAGUGGGGAAACGUGGAAAGAUGCAAGUUCCUCCAGCUUCAGGGCUCGGAUCUGCAGUAGCAAAGUUGGAACGAAAUAGCGACAAGGAGAAAAAGAGCGGAGUCCUCACCGGAAUCAAAGUUGAUACUCCCAUCAAAAACAGUCCCGGCAAGAGGAAACAGCCCCACGGCUGGUCAUGGCUUGGGGAACCAUUCCUAAAGAAAGUCUGCACGAGCAACGAGCAGCAGUACGGGUACGGUGCCCAAGUUCGUUGGUGCUACAACGGCAUACAGCACCAGGAAGGAGAUAUCAUCCGACCGAGAGACUGCGUGCUACUAAAGAGUGGCCCCCGCGUUAUCGACCUGCCGUUUGUCGCUAAGGUCGGCUCCCUUUGGCAGACACCAGAGGGCGAAAUGAUGAUAAGUUUGCUUUGGUAUUACAGACCCGAACACACGGAGCAAGGUCGACGUUCGAAUCAUAUGGAGGAUGAGAUUUUCGCGUCAAAACACUGCGAUUACAACUCUGUCGCAUGCAUUGAGGACAAGUGUUACGUGCUCUCGUUUGCGGAGUAUUGUCGCUAUCGCUCGAAGGUGAAGCAGCUCGAGGAGGGGGUGAAGUCGCGGGUGGCGCGAAUCGUUCCUCCCCUGAACCCAAAUCCCCGACAGUCGUAUUUGCCAGACCCAGGCAGAGUGACCGCCGACCUCGUGUUUUUCUGUCGAAAAGUCUACGACUAUCGACAGAAGCGUAUCUUGAAGAACCCCACUGUCCAGGUGGUGAACACAAGGGAUAGUUAG